GCCAUGGCAGCGGCGCUGUGGCGGGCGGGAAGCGCGGGCCGGGCCCGGCCAUGGCGGACGAGCUGUACCUGGAGAACAUCGACGAGUUCGUCACGGACCAGAACCGCGUGGUAACGUACAAAUGGCUGAGCUWCACUCUGGGAGUCCAUGUCAACCAGGCUAAACAAAUGCUCUACGAUUAUGUGGAGAGGAAGCGGAAGGAGAACUCGGGAGCUCAGCUUCACGUCACCUACUUAAUAGCAGGAAACCUCGUCCAGAACGGGCACGUUUGCCACAAGGUUGCAGUAGUGAGGGAGGAUAAACUGGAAGCAAUGAAGUGUAAGCUGUCCUCCAUUGCCAGUGUGCACGUGUACAGCGUUCAGAAGGCCCUGCUCAAGGACAGCUCCCCCCUGUACAACACCGACUAUGACAUCGUCAAAACAAACCUGCAGCACUGCAGCAAGUUCAGUGCCAUCCGCUGCGCCGCCGCCGUCCCCAGGGCACCUCCUGAGCCUCCCCGAGYGCAGACAUCCGUGCAGAGCUCCCCGAGGCCCCGGGAGCCGGGCACCAUCAAUGGCCACGGGCCCCCGGCUGCCAAAGCGCCCCCGCAGCACGACAGGGGCAUCAUGGGCAUGUUUGCAGCCAAAGCGGCKUCCAAAGGCCAGGACACGCACAGGGAGGCCAAAGCAGAGGCCAAGGAGGCCCCAGGUGUGUCUGCAGCAAGCAGCAAAGCACCAACAAAGAACAGCAUCAUCAACAACUUCUUUGGAAAAGCUGCUAUGAAUAAACUCAAAGUCAGCUCUGUGCCUGAGCAGCCAAAGGAGGAGAAAGAAGCAGUGAAGCCUUCAGCUGCUGUAGCAGAACCAGAGUCAUCUCCCAAUACUGUCGUAGAGAAACCUGGGAAGAAAACAGAGUUGACAAGAAUUCAACAAAAGGACAGGAAGAGUAAAACAAAGAGGGUCAAUAGGUCGGAUGAUGAGGAAGAAAGAGAUCCUGAAAAUGUAAAGAAAAAGAGGAAGCGAAUCAAACAGCUUCAGUCUGACAGCAGUGAUGAGGAAGCAGACAUGGCACCAUCUCCCACGCCUGAGGAACAGAGAGCUCCAUCUCCAGCAGCUGUGCCUGCUCUGAAAUCUGAACUGGAGCCUGCACCCACAGAGGUUUCAGCUGGAGGGAGGAGGAGGAAGCGGAAGCGUGUGCUGAAAUCCAAGAUGUUCAUUGAUGAAGAAGAAGGCUGCAUGGUGACUGAGAAGGUUUACGAGAGCGAAUCCUGCACGGACAGCGAGGAUGAAUUCCCCAAGCCCAAGGCACCAGCUCCACACAAACAGCCUGUGCUGCCCAUGAAGAGGGAGCCAAAGGAAGAAAGGAAGAGCCUGAAGAAAGGGGCAGCUCCWGCCAGCAGAGCCAACAAACAGGUCUCCAUCAUGGGCUUUUUCCAGAAGAAAUGAACUGGGUCUUUCUCCYGCUCCUUUUGGCAGCCUGGGAGUGUUGCUCCCUCUUUUUGUGUGGCUCUCUGCAAGCUGCUGCUGCUUGUGGAGGCCAACAUGCAACACCCCCUUAGGCAAAGUGUCCUGCUUACUGUGUAAGGAAACCCUCUGGACUGCAUUUUGUAUCAGAGAAAAGCUUUUAUUUGUUACUGCAAUAGUUUCAGUCAUCUUCACCAAGCGGUGUGGGACUGCCAGAUAGAAGCAACAUCUAGAGGAACUCUUGGAAGGCUUUUCACAUGAAAUUGUAUUUUUUUAAUCACCUCCUUGGUGCUAAGUUAGGAGUGGAGUUGUGGCAUUUUCCUCCCUUCUUUGUACACCCUCAGCUUUCCAGAUUGAUCCAAGCGUUCACGUUGGGUAGGAUGUAAUGGAGCAGGUCUUCAGGCACAGACACAAAUACUGAACAUCUGCUUCAGCUUUCACUCAAUGAAAUGUACUUAAUUUUCCCCCUAAGACUGGUAAAUGGUUUUUGCUCUGCCUUUCAUAAUCUUUUUUUGGACAAAGCAGUGCAUAUAAAAUUCUCUUUUCUUCCUUGAACGGAUCCUCUGUAACUGGCUCAGAUGCCUAAUUAUAGACCAGGACACUGUUGGUGUUCUGUCUUUACAAAAACAUCCCUGAGGCUUCCCACCCAAUUGGCUGUGGGGUAACUGGGAGAAGCCUUUGCUGUUACUGGUUAAGGAUGUUUAACCUGGAGGGCAGUGAGGCAGAGGGCAGGGGGAUCAAGAGCACUGCUGAUAACACGGAGCAGGCACUGCACAGAGCAGGCACACRCUGC